AUGUUCGGUCUCUUUGGUGGCCUGGGCCUCCCUGUAGGUACCGAUCCAGAAAGAGAACGCCCUCCUCCCUCCGUUCCGACUCCCCUCGACUUCCCCAUCUACAACCUCCCCGACUCAACAGAAGAAGACGCCGAAUCCGCCCUCAAAGACCUAUACAACGCCCUAGUCUCCAUAAAGCGACCCCAGGAUAUCACGUCGUCGAGGUUCCGGGCCUUCAACCUCAAAGUGGAGUGGGAGGUCCCUGCAUCGCGCAUUGUUCGACAUGACACUACGAGCUCUGUCCCACCAUUGCCUUGGGAGGACAACGCGUCUGGGGAGGGGGGUCAGGAUGGUAAACCGGCACUUAUGGGCAAUGACAACCGGUAUCCGGAUAAAGAGCGGUUUGAGACGCUGAGGAAUGAGUUGUUGGUUGAGAACGACGAUGGGUUCCGGGAGGUUAGUCGGAUGCCGCCUAGGGAGGGUCGUCAGAGGGUGAGGAUCGCGCAGACGAGGAAGUUCUGGGCGGGAUUUGAGCGAAUGGCACUGUAUUGGGACACCAGUUUGGAUAAUUACUUCGAACGCCCUUCUACGCCAAAGCAGCAGCCGGAGGAUAAGAGGGAUAAGAUGCAGAUGGACAAUGAGAACACACAAAUAUCAGAGAGAAAUACGACAAUGGACGUCGAUCAGCCCGCACAAACAAAUGGUAGCAACACCAAUAACGAUUCAGGAUCUCGAACACCGGUCGCAAGGUACACUGGCCGCCGUGUUGGCGCCGGACACGAAAUGCCCGAAGACGCCCGCGAGGAAACCGUCCGAGCCUUUGUCGAAAUGGCUGCCUGGCCCUUUGGCUGCCAAGUCAGCAUUCCCACACUCCCCCCACGACUAGCCAUCAAGACACUACUCUUCCCAGUCCGAAUGAGCUUCGAGGCAGGCCGCUCACCCAAGGACCGAACACAGGCCCGGAGCGGUGUCCUUGAGGGUCCGGUCUUUGUUGGCCAGUGCCGUGCCGAAACUGCCUUUCGAACUCCCGAAGAAGAUCCCGGCUCCGGGAUCGGUGACGUCGGCGAUAUAUUCCGGGAGGUUGGUGCGAUGCUACUAGCUGCCCAAGAACGCGCGCGCGAGGGGGCUACCGAUGUCCGUCCCGGGGAGGGCCAAUGGUGGACGACGGUACCUCGCUGGGGAGGGGGGCCGAACGAUGGGCCAGAGGGCGAGCAUCACGCCGAGGAGGAUAGUAGCAACCACGAGAAGGAAAAACCGCAUAAACGAUCAAAAUACGACCACCCGUUCCUGGCAAUGCGGCGACCACGGAGGAUGUCGAAUGCAGAAAGGUGGAGCAUUGUGCAGCCGGGGCAAAGUCUCUGGGAGAAAAAGAUGAAGUAUAUGCAGAUCGGAAAGACCGUGGGUAGUCUAUACGAUGAUAUCUACAUGGUGUCCUCAAUCAACCACCACAUCUCCAUCCUGCACCUACGCGUUCACCGUCGAUAUCUCGAAAUCGUAACGACGGGAGAGAGCGACUGCACAACCGAGUCUGACGGAGACCAACCGUGGUACGAGUUGAAGCUGCGGCGGACGAGGUGGUAUGACUUCUUCGAGGCGAAGGAUCGGGUUGAGGCGUUUGAGGGCAUAUGGCGGAUUUUCCAUUAUAACUUGCGGAGGGUGUAA